AUGGGUGGUUUUGCUGCUUUCCAGAGAUUUCAAGGGUUUGUAGACUUUAAUCUUGGAACUGGAGGGGCCUGGGUACUUGUCUUGCAAUUAGGAUGGCACUGGGGGUCUCAGGGGUGGGAGACAGAUACAAUGGAGAAGCCUUCCUUAGAAAUUAAUCUGCCUGACACUCAUGAAGAAGGAAAACUUUAUGUAGUUGAUUCUUUAAACAACCUAAACAAACUAAAUGUUUGUCCAGAUGAAUCCCAGCAUGCACUAGAUGAGGAAGAGAACAGUGAUGGUAUUGGAGAAAACACAGCAGGGAGCAACACAAGAAACCAGCAUCUGUUCUUCGUCACGUUUAUUCUUACUUUGAUCAUCAGUUUGGCCCUUGUUUCAUUUGUAAUAUUCUUAAUAAUUCAAACUAGAAGCAAGUUGGACCAAAUAUCAAGCAGACUAAUAUCUGAAAAGAAGAACAUAGAAGAUCUUAAGAAAAUGCACAACAUGUUAUUAAAGCAUCUAAAUCGUUCAGGAAUUAAGGAAAACAAGAGAUACCUCUUCACACAGUCUCCUGUUCUCCAUGAUUACCUCUUUACUCAUGCUGAGCUGACAGUCCCUGAAGAAUAGAUCUUCUUUGGAAUGAAAUUCAGCAUGUUCAUAUACUCAGAUAUUUUCACCUAUGGUACACACGUUACUUAAACAUUCUGAUAUGAUCACAGGAGCACUGGAAAAGCCAGCAGAAUGAAAAAUAUUAGAAAAUAAUAUUUUAUCUUCUUUUAUGUGAAUAUAGAUUUUGAAAACUAAGCCCAUAUGACCUGCAAUAAACAACAAUUUGUCAACAGUUUUGGGCAAUAGUUCCAGGGUCUCUAUGCACUGUAAAUUGCAGAGCUAAGGGCUUAGUUUUACUUCAAAUGUAAGUGGAUGAUCACAGAAAAUAAUGAUUUCACAUGACUCCAGCAUGACCUUUUUCACUUCUUCAUUCUCCCGUUUCUUUGAA